AACCCCGACCACUAGGCCGCAGCGUCGCCAUGGAAACGCGAGGCCGGGCAGCCCCGCUUCUUCCUCCGCUCAGUUCCGCCCCCACCGGUCCGCGUGACGGUGAGGUCAUUUCCGGCGCGGGGAAACCUGGAGGCAGAAUGGCCAUGAGUGGAGAUGACGAGGAGUUCGCCUGGACGGCCCCCACGGCGGCGGAGAUGAAGGUGAUCGAGGCUCGGCGGGAGCGUCAGGACAAGAUCAGCAAGCUGAUGGGGGACUACCUGCUCAAGGGCUACCGGAUGCUGGCAGACUGCUGUGCGGAGUGUGGGACCGUCCUUCUCCAGGACAAGAAGCAGAAAAGUUACUGUGUGGCCUGCCAGGAGCUGAACUCCGACGUGGACAAAGACAACCCAGCCUUGAACCCGCAGGCGGCUCUGACGCAAGUGAGGGAGCGACAACGUCUCUACAACGGCCAGCCCGAGCAGCCAUACGGGAGCCGUCCCACUCCAGACCGGCAGGUGGGGGCACCGUCUCCGGAGCUGCCCGAGCCGGUGGCUCCCUUCCUUGUCCCUCGUCCCGUGGCGCCAGACGCCUCCGCCCCCCCUCCCGCGGUCCCGGAGGCCGGCACCCCUGCCGAGGCCGAGCGGGCAGUGCUGCGGAAGAUGGCUUGGGCCUGCGCCGAGCUGGAGCGGGCCGCGUCCGUCGAGUACAGCGCGCAGCUCUGCGGCCUGAUCCGGAGCUGUGCCGACUCCCUGCACAGCCUGAAGCGGCUGGCGUAGGCACGGCGGUGAGGAGCGUCCCUGUCCCCUAGCCCUCCUCCCCAGCGCCAGCCUAUCUCCCCCUGACCCUGCCUCCACAGGCCCUCUCCCUCUCCUGCCCCCAGUGUUGCCACACCCUGCUGAUUGUUUGAAACGGUCGGUGCAUCCCAAUCUUCCAGGGGGCUUGACAUGUGGCUGACCACACCCCCUCCCUUGGACAAACCCUCGCUCCUGCAGCACGCAAUUGCCUGGAUGCGUCGAGUUGCUGCUGUUUGAUGCCCCAGCCCCUCCCUGAACCCCGCCGCCGUGGAAGCGGUCGUUGUAAUUCCACGUCUGGGCUCCAGGGAGCAGUGCCGAGCCCACCGGCCGCUGGAAGGUGACCGUCUGAGGAGGAAGUU